AAUUAACCAAUGAUAGUCCUAAUUGAGAGCGUUGAGGAGUUCCACCGACAAUUGUCAUGCACCCGGGAGUAGCAGAUAAAUAACUGUGUUACAACGCAAUGAGCUGUGAUAUAACGGAGAAUAUGUCGAAGGCACACAAAGUUGGAGGGAAUAUGUUAUAUGUAGGACUGAAUAUUCCCUAUACACAUAUCUUGUCCCCUCCUUAAAUACCACACUUGUUCUUUGGCAACAAUUCAAACAAUCCCUCCCUCCCUCCUUGUUCCUUUAAUUUCUUGUAGUAGCCUUUUAGUUUUUAUUAUAACAACAACAAUGGCUCUUAAAACAAUCCUUCAUUUGUCCAACCUGCCAAACCUCGACCAUGUCCCAGAAAUCUACUCCACCUGUUUUUCCAAAGGGUUGGAUUUGAACAGAGCAUCAUCGUUUAGGAUACCAAAGUUUAUGGUGAUAGGGCAUAGAGGACAUGGCAUGAACAUUUUACAGAGUUCUGAUUCUAGAAUGAAAGCCAUCAAAGAGAACUCCAUUCUCUCCUUCAACUCUGCUGCUAAAUUUCCCCUUGACUUCAUUGAAUUUGAUGUUCAGGUAACAAAAGAUGACUGCCCUGUCAUUUUUCAUGACGACUUUAUCCUGACUGAAGAGAAUGGUACUAUAUUCGAGAAAAAAGUCACAGAAUUGUGUUUAGCUGAAUUUCUUUGUUAUGGACCCCAGAAAGAAGCAGGGAAAGAAGGGAAAUGUUUAUAUAGGAAAACAAAGGAUGGGAAAUUCGUUAAAUGGAAUGUUGAAACUGAUGAUUCACUUUGUACAUUACAAGAUGCUUUCCAGAAUGUGGAACCUUCUUUAGGUUUCAAUAUUGAGUUGAAAUUUGAUGACUUUGCUGUUUAUCAGCAAGACCAUCUCCUCCAUAUUCUCCAAGUUAUCUUACAGGUGGUGUUUGAGUUUGCCAGAGAUAGGCCUAUAAUCUUCUCCACCUUUCAGCCUGAUGCAGCUCAACUUGUUAGGAAGUUGCAGAACAACUAUCCUGUUUACUUCUUGACAGAAGGUGGGGCAUCAAUUUACUAUGAUGUUAGAAGGAACUCACUGGGGGAAGCCAUGAAGGUGUGCUUGGAAGGUGGUUUACAGGGGAUUGUUUCAGAGAUAAAAGGGGUAUUUAAAGAUCCAGGAGCAGUGCCUAAGAUCAAAGACUCCAACCUCUCUCUCCUCACAUAUGGGAAACUCAACAAUGUGCCUGAGGCAGUGCACAUGCAAUAUUUAAUGGGAAUUGAUGGGGUGAUAGUUGAUUUUGUUGAAGAGAUCUCACAGACAGUGGAUGAUAUGAUAAAGCCAGCCAAAGAGAUGACUACAGAAGGGAAAGGGGAGAGUGAGGCAAAUUCAAAGCUUCAAUUCUCACAGAAAGAGCUCUCCUUUCUAUUAAAGCUAAUCCCGGAGUUGAUACAAUUCUAAGUCUUGCCCUUAACAGCAUAUUUUUGCCCAUUCUUUUUCCCUCUUCAAGGGCUGUAAACCAGUCAUACAAAUGUUUGUAGAUAAAAUUGGUGUUUUCUGAAAAUCAUUCCUAAUAUCAUUUUCACUUUCUAGUC